AUGAAGCUUACCGGGACCGUCCUUAAACCGGAGUACAGUCACUGCAGCACAGACAGUGAACGUUUAAACAACAUGAUGCUGGUACAGACCAACACAACAGAUUCGCCAGCGUCAGCAGCCGCUUCGUCACUGUCACAGCCUGAUGGAGGCAGGACUCUGUGCUCCAUAUGUGCAGACAGAGCCACAGGUAAACAUUACGGUGCAUCCAGCUGUGAUGGCUGCAAGGGCUUCUUCAGGAGGAGCAUCCGCAACAACCACAGCUACAGCUGCAGGUUCAACAGGAAAUGUGUUGUGGACAAAGACAAAAGGAACCAGUGUCGUUACUGCAGACUGCGAAAGUGUUUCAAGGCUGGAAUGAGAAAGGAAGCCGUUCAGAAUGAGAGAGACUGCAUCAACACUCACCGAGCCAAGGGACAGACAGUGGGCACUCUGUCCAUCAGCGUGCUGCUGCGGGCCGAGGCCGGCGUGCAACAGAUCCCAGCGCUGCUCUCACCUCGGAGCCAUGACAUCAACACCAAGAAGACAGCCUGCGUGGGAGACGUGUUUGAGUCGAUGAAGCAGCAACUCCUCCUGCUGGUGGAAUGGGCGAAACACAUACCAGAGUUUUGCAGCCUCCCGAUAGAUGACAGGGUCACCCUCCUACGAACCCACUCUGCAGAACAUCUCAUUCUAGGAGCUGCAAGACGCUCGUUGCCGUACAACGACCUCAUUCUAUUGGGCAAUGACUUUGUGAUCCCCCUGAGAGGUGCCGAAGUCGAGGUGUCCAGAGUGGCCUUCAGAAUCCAAGAAGAGCUGGUCAAACCCCUCAGAGACCUGGACAUCACAGACCAGGAGUUCGCUUGCCUCAGAACGAUUGUCUUCUUUGCUCCAGACUGUCUGGGGCUGGAGAGUCCUCAGGUGGUUCGACAUCUGCGUCUCCAGGCCCACCUCCUGCUCGAAGAAGCAACCUGCGAGCAGCGGGGACGGUUCGGGGAGCUGCUGCUGAUCCUGCCUCCGCUGCAGAGCGUCGCCUGGCAGAUGGUGGAGACUCUCCACUUAGCACAGCUGCUGGGUGAAGCCAGAAUGGACAGUCUGCUGCUGGAGAUGCUGCUGGGGGAGGAAACCAAAGCAGGAGUGGGGCUGAGUACAGGCGAUGAUCAAACUCAAGAACAGCAAAGUGACCAAAGAGCCUCACCUGCUCACCUCACCUCUGUGAUCUCCCACGUUUCAUCAUGGCUAAUGCCUGUCUGUCUCACACAGCUCUUACAAAUGGCCUCCCUGCUGCCCACACAGACUGGCACUGAGGUGUACAGACAUGGAGAAGCUGCCAGCGUGCCCACCACAUACCGGAGACACCUGUCCACACCAAGAGACACCUCAAGACGCAACAACCAGACCAAGGAGGAGAAAGCUUGA